UUUUUUUUUUUUCGAGAAAUUUGAAGAAAAGAAUUUGAGACAUAUGAAACAAUCCACUUUAGAAGUGGAAAGCAUCGGAUAGAAAUUAUAUCUAAAAAGUUAAGAAACAGAAAGAGAAAGAUAAAUCCAUCUUCCAGUCUAUUUCUAGAUAGGAGAUUUUUCCAUAGAAAAUCUUACAAAGAAAGAAAUUUCUUCGAAAAAUUGCAAAGGAAAGAGUCUUUCUACAAAAUUCUAGAUCCCUACAAUGCCUGGAAAAGCUAAAAAGGAAACAUGCAUUUUAACCGAUUCCCUAUUACCCGAUACAGAUCUCAGCCAAUUCCCUAUUUUAUCAUCGCAGAUUCUUUUUCCAGAGAGCUGCUCAAUUAUUUAAUCCUCCGGCUGAUUCGCCAUUCUCUUUGCCCUCGGUUGAACCUUGUUCGUAAAACGAACAGUUGAACCAGCCCUCUAUUCCACUGUCCAUCGUUCUGUUCCAUAAAUAAUUAUCUGGCCCGGGUUUCUGGUUAAACAUCAGUUAAUAAAUCAUCCGUGUCCUUUCACGUGUUCGGCCAUCUUACGAAACACCGCAGUCCCUGGAGUGCAGCCCAACUCGAUCACAGGGUCAACGCAGUCGUAACUUAACCUGACCGGUCUCCUCCCUCGCUCGUCCAAAGUGGAAUUGCAAAUUUGACUUACUCCCUCUAAACACGCAGGUACCACCUGCACGUGAUGAAGCAGAGACUUUUAUAUACGUUUUCUUUUUCUUUUUUUCCUCUCUCUCUCUCUCUCUCUCUUGCUAUUUUCGGCCGGGUACAGGUCGACACGCAAUACUUGAGAGGGCCCCACAUCACCGAGGUGGAUCGCGAGGGCCUGGAAACCGCAGUGCUAGGUCUGGAGUUUCGUCUGCGUACGAAGCAUUUCAAGAGGGGGGACCUGAAGAUCAAAUGCCUGGCAACGAUAGCGACCGUAUAUUGGAAAUCGAACGAGCUCAGCAUAGAGGGUGAAAGGCCGCUGAAGAUGCCGGUCAUGGAAAGCAGGGAGACAAGGGCGCAAGGCCACACGCACGCCGAGCAUAUCUUAGGAGGAAGCGGAAGCAGCAGCAUGUUAGCGCCGUGUAUUUUCCUGCUGGUGACGAGUAUAUUGAUUCUACGAUAAGAAGGACACGUGAUGCGGUGCCGCGUCCUUUUCCUCAUGCUCAUCCUUUUCAGGCCUCCAAAGCGAGUUUUAUGGAGAUUCCUGGUGUACUAAAUUAUCCGUGUUAUUUCUAUUUUUUAUAAUCGCAGUUAGUGGAAGUUAGCGACGACAUAGGCGAGAGAAUAUACUUAACAGAAUUAUACAUCAGUAUAUUAGAGAUUAGGGUACGGGAGGGGUAAAUGUAAAUUCGUACUUAUUGAGAUCGGGACGUUAAAUCUCUGCACAUCUCUACGUACAUACGUUCGCGAUUUUUAUACGUUUUUCGACGCUUUUGCUCUUAUUAAUGUCUCUUCGCAUAUCUGUGACAUAUCUUUGAUAACUCAUAGCUGUUCUUCAACACUAUAACGACCGAUUGAUCAUCAAAUUAACAACGUAUGGUUUUUACUAUAUUUGUAGAACAAUCCAGUAACUUCAAGCAUGUAACAAGUAAGAAAAUAGAUAAUCAAAUCAAUUGUCUAAACUAAGAUGCAAAAUGAUCAUCUUGAAUGCUCAAAAGUUCUUGUUCUGUUGUAAUUUCGUUUUUCUUAAUAACGCAAAAUUGAUCUUACAAUUCAUUUUCAAUAUGAAUUUAGUAGUAAAUAGUUUACGCUGACGUGGCGCAGGUAUAGCGCCAGCGGUCGUCAUAGUGUUGAAUUAAAUACAUAUACAGAUUUACAAAGCUAGAUGCGCAGAGAUUUAUCGUCUCGUUGAAGAAAAUACUAUCAUAGUUACUUAAAAAAAUCAUCUUUUUUAUUCAAACAAUCCAUACAAUUUAAAAAGAGAAGUUCACAAACAAAUUUACGUUCAUCUAAAUAUCUCUUUGGACUUUCAAAAGUGAGAAAUAUCAAACUCUUAUGUAUUUUUCUUUUCCUCUCUUUCGUCAUUUACUAUUAAAAAUUAAAAAGAAAAUCGCAAGCAUGAACGAACGAAUAAUAAUCAACCGGAAUGAAUGAAUGAACGAACGCCGAGUAUAUUUAUAUAUUCUAAUUGUACAUGAGUGUUUCUAUCGUCCAGUCACGCGAGAGAACAAGCAAGAUUUUAGCCCUGGUGAGAGUGUUCUCUUUCGUCGUAGCUUUUAUCAAUCUAGUCGCUAUUAAUCAUCCGCAGAGAUAUGUUAUCCUAGAAGUUUAUUGUGAGCUGUGUGUAUACGCGUGUGAAUGUAAGGUGUGUUUUACCAAAGAACAUUUUGCGCUAAAUAACAUUCCUAACUGUUAAUUACAAGUGAAAUACACGCAGUGGCAUAAAAGAAACAUGCCGCUCGUCGCAUUAUGGUAUUUUACUGUAACAGCACUCUGUACAUAUGUACAUAAAUCGAACUUUUAUCUUUAACUUAACGUUCUGAUAAAUAAAACGGCGUUUACGUCGACGGAUCAGA